GUUGAAAGCAAUACAGAGAUCUCACUGAGCCUGAUUUCCUGGCUUGUUUCUUCUUCCCUAGUUUUCAGCACAGUACCGUCGUUCUGAAUUUUCUGCUUUGAAUCAAUUGAUGUUAGCAGCUAUCUACAGCAGAAGUGCGAAGGAUCUUAGUGGACUUUGAUUUGAGACCGUGAAAGUUUGGAAAUCAGCAGAAAGCUGUAAAAACAGGAUAACAGAAACUUCAUCAUGAAUAAAACUUACAGCGUUGCAGCUGUGAACAGUGAGAGCAGCACGGACAAAGUCUCAGACUCUGAUCAUUUGGAUUCAGAAACACAGAGUUCAGCAAUGGAACCAUAUCUUGUACGAAGACUUUCAUUUCAUGCUCUGCAACUUCCUCCACUAGCCUUUAGAAUGGCUGAACAAUAUGACUUGGAAAAAAAACCAGAAACAGAACGUAUACCAAGGCCAACAACUCUUCCACUGAAGCCUCUUCCUUUAAUUGCCAUCACUGCUGCAGACAACACAAGAACCGUAGAGUUCCUAUUGAAAAGAAGUCUGCACUGGAUCUAACCAUGUGCAGUGUGUGAAUGUAUCUAAGGACUGCUAGCAACAACUGGCAAAACCUGGAUCAAUGUUUCCUUUCAGUGGAUUCUAAAGGAUGACUAGCAGAAUAUCGAAUCGGAAUGUCCUGAAACCUUCACUGGUGCUUCAAUCAACAAAUAGAUUCCAACAAUAGAUCGCCAAUAAGCCCACCCUUUGCUGGACUAUCGUAGUUCAGGAACCCAUUUCUUUUUAUUUCAAAAAUAAACUUUAUUC